AUGCGGGAUGCGGGAUGCGGGAUGCAGGAUUUGGGAUGCGGGAUGCAGGAUGCAGGAUUCGGGAUUCGGGAUGCAGGAUUCGGAAUUCGGGAUGCGGGAUGCGGGAUCGAGCGGGCGAUGAAGCCGGAGGGCGAGCGGCCGCGCAAAGUGCGGUUCCGGGUGGCGUCGUCGCACAGCGGCGGCCCCGCGGGGUCCGGAGGCGACGAGCAGGGGCGCGACCAGGAGAACUUGCUGGUGUUAGCGAGGGCCGCCAGCGAGAAGGGCUUUGGCACAAGGAGGGUCAACAUCUUAAGCAAAAAUGGCACAGUCAGAGGCGUCAAGUACAAAGUGAGCGCCGGCCAGGCUCUGUUCAACAACCUGACCCAGGUGUUGCAGCAACCGUCAGCCGAGCUAGAAUUUGACCGUGUGGUGAUUUACACCACUUGCCUUCGUGUGGUGCGGACAACCUUUGAAAGAUGUGAACUGGUUAGAAAGAUCUUCCAAAACCAUCGAGUGAAAUUUGAAGAGAAAAACAUAGCUCUGAAUGGUGACUAUGGAAAAGAGUUAGAUGAACGAUGCCGACGGGUUUCCGAAGCUCCUUCCCUCCCUGUCGUGUUUAUCGAUGGCCAUUAUCUUGGGGGUGCUGAGAAAAUUUUGUCAAUGAAUGAAUCAGGAGAACUGCAAGACCUCUUAACCAAAAUUGAGAGAGUGCAGCAUCCACACGAGUGCCCUUCCUGCGGAGGCUUCGGCUUCCAUCCGUGCUCCGUGUGCCAUGGGAGCAAGAUGUCAGUGUUUCGAAACUGCUUCACAGACUCUUUCAAAGCCCUGAAGUGCACGGCUUGCAACGAGAACGGUCUUCAGCGCUGUAAGAGCUGUGCUGGUUAGGCCGAGCUUCCGCCAGGGAAAGCCUCAUUAGCUGAGGCAAUGAUUUGCUUUAUACUUUUUUAAAAAAUGGUCACGUUUAUGGAUUAAUCAAUAAACUUUGUUUAUUAUAA